UCGCCGCAUCGACCCCGACUUUGGUUGCCCGCGUUGCGGUACCGGGAGCGGCCGGCUCGGCUCGGCGGUGGGGUCGCUCCGCGGCUGGCCGGACGGGUUGUGGGGCGGGUGUGCUGCCGCUCUCCGGGGCGCGGAGACCUGCCGGAGGAGCGGGAGAGGACGGACGGGUCCCCGUGGAGUGCCCGGGUCAGCCCGGGGUGUCCCGGUCCCCGCGAUCACCGGAGGCACAGGGCAGUGCGCUGCCAGUACCGUGACAGGGGGCGGUUCGAGCCCUGGGGUCCGUGGUCGCGGAGGUUUCGCUGGCACGGACGGACCCCACUGAUCCCGGAGCAGAACGACCGUCAGGGCUGUGCCCGCCGGGGAUGCGCCGCCGCGCCCCUUGUUCCCGGUGUCUGAGCCCGAGGCUCAACCUGCCGGUCGGGGCUGUGGCUGUUUGCUGGUUGUGGAAGGAUCGUGAAGCUGUUAACUGAGGGAAAUAGCUCUUCCUGUCAAAGAUAGAAUUGGCUGUUUGUGGGAAAAGGCUGUCGUUUGCCAGGGAAAAUCCCUCUUUCAAAGCAGCUGCUGGUACCUUUCAGUUCCAGCAUCCGCACGCUGUGGGCAUGGUUCAGUGGCAGUUUUGUCUGUGGUGUCCGAGAAAUCGUCCCUGGGGUGGCACAGUCGUUAGGACAUUGAUCAGGUAUCUGUGAGGUUGUUCUGGGUGUGUAGCGAGAGCAUGGUGCCUCUUGGUGCUCACACGGUGAUGCCAUGGCUGGUGGAGCUGGGGUGGGAGCUGCUCCCACACCCUGGGACCUGGCACAGCAUGGCACUAAGCUUCCCAGAGCAUGGGCUGGGUGGGUUUUACCAGCAUUUCCUGUGUCAGUGGUUUUCCUAACAUGCUGUCUUCCCUGCAGUUGUCCUGCUGGACUCAAAGGAAUCGCAGGCAGAGCUCGGCUGGACCUCACACCCAUCGAAUGGGUGGGAAGAGAUCAGUGGUGUGGAUGAGACCUACAAGCCAAUACGCACGUACCAGGUGUGCAAUGUCAUGGAGCCGAACCAGAACAACUGGCUGCAGACAGGCUGGAUCGCCAGGCGUGACGGCCAGAGGAUCUUCAUUGAGCUAAAGUUCACCCUGCGGGACUGCAACAGCAUCCCUGGUGUGACGAGCACUUGCAAGGAGACUUUCAACUUGUACUACGUCGAGUCUGACUCUGACCUGGGCCGGAGUGUCCAUGAGAGCAAGCACACCAAGAUUGACACCAUUGCUGCUGAUGAGAGCUUCACACAGGGAGACCUGGGCGAGCGCAAGAUGAAGCUGAACACCGAGCUGAGGGAGAUUGGGCACCUGAGCAAGAGAGGCUUCCACCUGGGCUUCCAGGACGUGGGCGCCUGUGUGGCGCUGGUCUCUGUGAGGGUCUAUUACAAGAAGUGUCUCACCACCGUGCAGAACUUGGCCAUGUUCCCAGACACGGUGGCAGAGACGGCCUUUGUGACCUUGGUGGAAGUUAAAGGCACUUGUGUGUCCCAUGCUGAAUUGGAUGUGGAUAAUCCCCCUCGGAUGCACUGCAGCGCGGAGGGCGAGUGGCUGGUCCCCGUAGGGAAGUGCAUGUGCAGCCCUGGCUUUGAGGAGAAGGAUGGGGGAUGCAGAGCUUGCCUUCCAGGGUUUUACAAGCUCUCCCUCCGUCUCCCUCUCUGUUCUCCAUGCCCUGAGCACAGCUUCACACAUGAGGAAGCCUCCACGUUCUGUUUGUGCCAGACCAAUUACUCCAGGUCUCCUUCAGACCCACCAUCUGCCUCCUGCACACGUCCACCCUCUGCCCCGAGGAACCUGGUGUACAGCCUGCGGGAGUCAUCCCUGGUGCUGGAGUGGAGUGCCCCUGCGGACGCGGGCGGCCGCAGCGACCUGACCUACAGCCUGUGGUGUGGCCGCUGUCCCGCGGUGCCCCCGGGCCGCUGCGAGCAGUGCGGCAGCAGCGUGGGCUUCGUGCCGCAGCAGACGGGGCUGGUGGAGCGCACGGUCACCCUGGUGAACCUGCUGCCCCACGUCAACUACACCAUCCGCGUGGUGGCCCUCAACGGCGUCUCGGCCGUGAGCCCGCUGGCCGGCCAGCAGUACGCCGAGGUCACCGUGUCCACCGGCCGCGCAGCGCCAACUCCUGUCACUGACAUCCGCACGGAUAAGGUGGAGCAGAAGAGCGUCUCCUUGUCCUGGCAGGAGCCAGGCUUCCUGACUGCCAAUGGCACCGAGUACGAGGUCAAGUACUUUGAGAAGGAUCAGAGAGAUCAGAGUUACUCAACUGUGAAAACCACAUCAACGGCCGUGACGGUCAAUAACCUGAAGCCUGGUACCCUCUAUAUUUUCCAAAUCCGAACAUCUUCCUCUCCAGACUACGGGAACUACAACCCUGGCAUUGAAGUGGAGACAUUGGCAGAGUUGACAGUGGCCUCCAGCGAGCAGAGCCCCAUCCUCAUCAUCGCAGUGGGGGCCAUCGUGGGGCUGACAGUGCUGGUGUCCGUGGUGGUCGGCCUGAUGGUCUGGAGGAGGCAGUGUGGGUACAGCAAAGCCAGCCAGGAUGGGGACGAGGAGCUGUACUUCCACUUUAAAAUACCGACCAGGAGGACAUACAUUGACCCCAGCACCUGCGAAGACCCCAUGCAGGCGGUGCACCUCUUUGCCAAGGAACUGGAUAAUGCCAGCAUCAAAAUUGAGAGGAUUAUCAGGACAGGAGAGUUUGGGGAGAUGUGCCGGGGGUGCCUGAAGCUGCCCAGCAAGCGCGAGCUGCCCGUGGCCAUCCAGACGCUGCGGGCUGGCUGCUCAGAGAAGCAGCAGCGCUCCUUCCUGGCCGAGGCCUGCACCAUGGGCCAGUUUGACCACUCCAAUGUCAUCCGCCUCGAGGGGGUCAUCACCAGGGGGAGCACCAUGAUGAUCGUGAUGGAGUACAUGGGGAACGGUCUACUGGACUCCUUUCUCAGAAAACAUGAGGGGCAAUUCACAGGCAUCCAGCUCAUCUGCAUGCUGCAGGGCAUCGCCUCUGGCAUGGUGUACUUGGCAGAGAUGGGCUACGUACACAAAAGCCUUGCUGCCCACAAGGUCCUGGUGAGCAGCAGCCUGGCAUGCAAGAUCACGGGCUUCAGGCGGCCACAGGAAGACAAGAUGGAAACCAUCUUCUCCACCAUGCAUGGGAAGAGCCUGGUGCUGUGGUCAGCCCCUGAGGCCGUCCAUUAUCACCACUUCAGUCCUGCCAGCGAUGUGUGGAGCUUCGGGAUCGUCAUGUGGGAAGUCAUGUCCUAUGGCGAGAGACCCUACUGGGACAUGUCCCACCAGGAUGUGAUGAAGGCUGUGGAGGAUGGGUUCCGCCUGCCCGCCCCGGCCAACUGCCAGCCACCCCUCCACCAGCUGAUGCUCAACUGCUGGCAGAAGGACCGCAGCCAGAGGCCCAAGUUCUCACAGAUCCACAACACCUUGAGCAAGUUGGUGCAGAGCCUGGAGCCCCCCAAGUGCCCCAGCUCCACGUGUCCCAGCUCUACGUGCCCCAGGUCCCAUGGCACGUCCAUCCCCCUCUCCAAGAGAACCUUCUCAGCCUUCCCAUCUUUCAGCUCUGUGGGUGAGUGGCUGGAAGCUAUAGAAAUGGGCAGAUACAAGGACAACUUCACCGCUGCUGGCUACUGCUACCUGGAGUCGGUGGCCAGGAUGACGGCCCAAGACAUCCUCAGCCUGGGGAUCACACUGGCAGAACACCAGAAGACCAUCCUGAGCGGGAUCCAGACGCUCCGGGCCCAGGUCAUCCAGAUGCACGGCCGAGGCGUGCAGGUGUGAAGCCGUGUCCUGCAGAGGUGCAGAGCACCUGCCCUGCGCUCCUGGAGAGGAGCUGGCCCCAGCCAGCCCCACCUCUGAAACCUGGGGUCUCAGGUGGGCUGUGGAUAUCACUGGGUGCUGCCAAACACCUGGCAAGAGAGCAGGGCUUCUGUCCCCUGUGCCGGGGCAGCCCAGCAUUCCUGGGAUGGUGCAGCGUGCCUGGGUGGACGGGGCUCUCCCCAGCAUUGUUUUGUAAGAUGAGUCAAACUGUAUUGAUGCCAUUUCAUGUGGUAGUUGAGUUCACAGGGUGGGAUGGACCUUUUUGCACUGUCUUAAUCCAGAGACAACACUUCUGUACCUAGUAUCCUGCUGGUGAAUCCAUGGGUACUUUUAUACAACCUGACAGAUCACAGCAACCCCACAAGGAGUUUUUAUUGCUUUUAUAUUUAGAGAGCAGCUCUCACCCAAUGCCCAACGCCUGGAAGGUGACUUUCCCCAUCUGUGCUGAAGGAAACUCUUUCCCAGUUGCAUCCCUUCUGCUCCAUGAGCUACUUCACUGAGUUUUGACACCUCAGGUGAUGAACAAAACAAAAUAUUCUCCAGUAAAGCACAGAGGAAAUGGUGCUGGUUGAAUCCAUGCAAUCCAGGGCACACCCACACUUUGUUUUGUGAGCAUGGUGCUUGCCUGCCUGGCACGCUGGCAGCUCCUAUAGCUGUAGCCUGAUCCCUGAGAAGAUAUAAAUAGCAUCUUAAUAAUACAACUUUCCUUGAAGUUAGUUAAUUAAAUGGGUAUUUGCAGCUCUGUACGGAGUUUUGUAAGGCUUUAUUAUGAUCUUUAAGUAUCGCAAGUGAAUUAUUAAUGCUGAAAGGCAAAGAUUUACAUAGGGGAUGAAGGCUGUGGGAGGUGCUCAGAGACUGGUUGGAAAUCUGCUCCAGUCAGACCCUCCUGUUAUCCUGCUCUGAGAGGAUGAGGUUCUGAAUGAGGAUUGAAAGAAGCUGCAUAUGCUCUGGGCAGUUUGUUGUUCUCUGUGGAAAACAAGAUCUCUCCUUCCUGCUCCCUCUGCAGUUCAAAAUGCUCCCUCCCCAGUGUCUUUUGGAUAGUGUUUUUUAACAGAAAUAAUUUCUCUAAGUCUGGCCCAUGCCCAGUGGGGUUGGCCACUUGCCAUCCCACUGUUUCCCACCCUGAAGAGGAAUAGCAGUGAACCGAGCCCUGCAUUUAGUGAAAUGCCUGGUCCCAAGGAUCAAGUGCAAUUUGUGUGCUCUCUGUGUUUACAUUUUAUCUCUAGAGAAAGUGUAUUACAGGUCUCUAGGCAGGGGGUUGGUUUUGGAUCUCCCCUCCCUGCUCAUACUCUGUUGGGAUGCAGGAGCCACGCUGGGAAGUUGCCCCUGGCGGAGCUGGCUCUAGGCUGGUUCACCUGCUCCCAAGGAGGUCUGGAGACAUCCAGGGCUUGCUGGUGAGGUGACAGUGUGCCUCACGUUGGAGAACAGACCCAGCCGUGAGCAGGCAGCAAUGUGUUGCUUUGAGUCCCCCAGAACAGGCUCAGAAUAUGAAUAUGAGAAGGGAUAAGGAAUAUGAGAAGGGGCUGGCUCUGGGUGCCACUCGUGGCCACUGGAAUUUUGCUUUUCUGUCCCUCUGGAUGUUUCCCAGCUGCAAAGAGAUAAACCUCAGCACAGCUAUCUGUGGUCCUGUCUGUUUCCCUGGGCUGCAGUGGCUGGCCAGGACCUGUGGCUCCCGUGGCAAGUGGCUGUGGCUGUGUGGAGGGAGCUCUGGCAUAGGCUCUCACUCAGCAGAAACAGAAGUCAUCAGCUUUCCUGGUCUCUCCUUCAAUAAAGGAAAGGAAAGCCCCCAUGGAAGCAGCAUUCUAGCCCAGCUCUUUGCAAGAAUAAACACUUAAUUGAGCUCCUUACCGACACUAGAUAACAAAAUUCGUAGAUUAAGCUAUAGAUUGUUGUUAUGAUAUUAAAAUUAACUUGCAUCCUCUCAGCUUCUCUCCUUGGGGAAGUAGGAUAAUUAAAUUAAUCAGCAAUGCUAUUUUGGAGCUGUAAGGGAAAUGCCUCAAAAGGACCCUGGUCUCUUCUCAUCCAGCCUCUGGCAUGCCAUGAGGCUCUUGCCCCUCCACGGGCUGGGAGAGCCCCAGUCCUGUUGGAGCAGCAUCUGCAACACUCCUCUCACAAGAAACCAAAUGGGAAUCAAGUUGGUUCAUCUCCAGAUGCUUUUAUAUUCAUUAGCCACAUAUUAAGUACUGUAAAUACACACUUGAGAAAUCAAUAUAUAUUUUUAUAAGCUUGAGACAAAUGUAAUAUAAUAUUAUAAGGGACUCUGUGUGCAUCUCAUGUUUGAACUAUAGUCAGACAUCUCCAGGGAAUCUCAGUUGGUUUGGAAUAUUUAAUAAUAAAGACAAUAAUAAUAGUUAUUAUAAAUGCUAAUAAAAAUCUAUUGACUUUUUUUUUUUUUUUAAUUUUGUAUUUAUUGAACCACAGUUGAAGCUGGCAAUAAAGAGAUAUCUAAA